AUGGACGAUAACUACGACGACGUCGCCAUUAACACGUUUAAAAGUGGUCUCCCCACCAAGCAUUGUUUGAGGAAAUCCCUAACUGGUAAGCCUAUUACCAGCGUUCGUCAACUUAUAGACCGGAUUGACAAAUACAAAAGGGUGGAAGAGGACCAACUGCAAGGGAAAGGAAAGGAGAAGAUCAUCCCUCACAAGAGGAAUGAUUUCAGGUCAGAACGAUACAACAAUAACCAUCCGAGGAGAGAUUUUGCGGGGCAAUCUGGAUCAGCCAACAUGCAAACGGUUAACGCCGUAUUCAGAGAACCGGUACAACAGGUUUUAGAGAAAGUCAAGAAUGAGCCAUUCUUCAAGUGGCCGAAUAAGAUGGCCGAAGACUCCUUAAAGCGCAACCAGAGUCUGUAUUGUCAGUACCACCAAGACCACGGACAUACCAUCGAAGACUGUAGGAACCUGUGGAACCACCUGGAUCAGUUGGUCCGAGAAGGAAAAUUGCGGCACCUUUUACAUCCAUCCAGUGGUCAUCUGGGUCAGGCAAACCAAGAACCCUAG